CACAUGUCCAUUAUGGCUGGAAGCCUUAACAAGCUUGUCCCUCUAUCUAUAUUCAAGAAAGAGCAGGGGACUCUUCUAAAUGAAGUAGCGUUCCAAAUGCUUUCUGCCCUCGACUACUUGUCCCCGAGGGGCCUUUGCCACCGAGACGUCAAGCCAGAAAACAUACUCCACUACAAGACCAACGGCAAACAUACAUUUCAGCUCGCAGAUUUUGGCUUCGCCAACUACCAGAACCAAGCAAACACAGCUUGUGGGACCUGUCCACAAUCCGUGGGCCCGGCGACAGCAGCCAUGCACAUCCUUAACGACCCUAGUACAACUCAAAGUAUGAAGGAUGCUUACUGGACGACUGGGUGCAAAUUUAGAGCUUAAUAGCUAUGCUACUUGUUUCUUUCCCAAGGCUAGAUCAGCAAGCGUGAUGUAGGAUUACUCUCUGGAGGGUGGACUACGUACGGUUGCGACUACGGAGAUUCUUAAGGAUUUCUACGCUUCCUAUAGUACUUUGUUGGACGGAAGCAGGGUAAUAAAUUGGAUUGAAAGGCUGUUAACGGAAAAGCACUUUUCUUUCGGGCUAAUUUGGCUUUUUUGUUAUCCAGGUAUCGUACGGAAAAUGCAGGUCAUCAGGACAUCUCUCACUAUCGCAUUCUUCUAUUAGGCUUUCAUUUAAUUUCGAAAGGAUUUUGGGAAGACGCUCACAACGCUUGACCUACCCACACCUGGAGAACGUAUAGCACCAAAGAUUGCCU